GAAAAAAAGCAGUGAAGCUGAAAGACACGGCCGAAAAUGUCCUCACGUGGCUGGCAAAGUUCAAAGAAGUAGGAGACAUCGCUGCAAAUGCUGACCCAGUGCAUGCGGGACUGCCAUGGGCUGGGAUCAGAUUAUUGCUUCAGGCAACUCUUUCGGAACGAGAGCAAAUGGAGGCUCUACUUCGAGGGCUUGAUAGAAUCACGUAUAUCCUUUUGCGGUGCCAACUUUACGAGGCCUUUCUACUACACGAAAAUAGAGCUACCCAUAACUUGCAACUGGCACUGAUUGAUAUGUAUGCUCUCAUCCUGAGUUUCUUGGCCAAGGCAACGCGAGUCUAUGAAAGGAAUCAUGCCCAAAGGGCAUUGGCUGCGUUCUGGACAACCAGCGACAUACUUCAUUUUGAAAGGGAGUGUCAGGACCUUGAAAGACGAGCUGAGUCUGAGGCGCAAAACUGUGAGAGAUAUCUCAAUGCUGCUGAACGUGUAAAAGCUUCCAAAGCUCGCGAGUAUCUAUCUCAACUGCCUAAAAUGGAGAACCUGCAAGGUUUAAUCACACAGGUCGAUGAUAUCUGGAGUACAUUACAGAAGCAGGAGACGAAUGAGAUCCUUCAAUGGCUCUCGAAAAUCCCAUAUCAAGAUCAUCACAAAACAGCUUGCGAGGGACGCACCGCGGGGACUGGUGAAUGGAUUUUUGAAAACGAGUCCUAUUCAUUAUGGCAAAGGUCUUGUCAAUCAGAGAUAUUCUGGCUCCAUGGAAUCCCCGGUGCUGGCAAAACAAAGCUCACCUCCAGGGUUGUCGAUCGAUGGCUGAAGACUCAAACGCAUGAUAAUGCUGUCGCUUACUUUUAUUGCAAUUAUAAGCAAGAAUCUCGACGGGAUCCCCAAAAAAUACUACAGAGCCUGGUAAAACAAAUAGCUAAAUGUCCACAAAGAGACUCCAUCCAUCAGAAUACUGUUGAUGUUUAUCGAAGAAACCAGAAUAUAGGUGGUGGCUCAGCGGAGCUUAGCUUUGCAGAAAGCGAGGACAUGCUGUGUGAGCUAGCACAAGGAUACUCUCAAGUGACUUUAAUCCUUGAUGCAUUAGACGAAUGCGAUCAAUCGCUUCGAGGAAAGCUAAUCAAAGCAUUCGAUCUUUUAAUUACGCGAUGUGACAGGAAUAUAAAGGUGUUCAUUUCUAGCCGGCGCGACGAUGAUAUCAAGCGGCGGCUUGAAAAUAGGGUGAAUAUUGGUCUCGAGGUUACCAAUAAUACGGACGAUAUCAACAAGUUUGUUCUACAACGGAUUGAAGAUGGACAAGAUGAUCGUCGUAAGCCAAUAUGCAACGCACUGAAAGAUGAAAUCGUUAUGACUCUUGGAGAGAAGAGUCAAGGAAUGUUCCAAUGGGCUGCUUUACAGAUUGAGCAGAUUCUUUGCCUUGGCCUUGAACGUGACAUCCGGCUUCGCCUGGGUCGACUUCCACAUGAUCUUAAGACAGCAUAUGACGAAAUACUGGACAGGAUAAAAAGCUCGACAGGAAGUACGCCAAUUAUUUCUAUGAGGGCCUUCCAAUGGGUCUUAUUCUCCUACAAACCUCUAUCCCCAGAGGCUCUGGUUACACUUAUCAGCAAGGAUUCUCUGAAUGAUGAAAGCGAGCUUUCUGACUUGGACAUCUACUUCGUCCUUGAUGCCUGUGAUAAUCUUCUGCUUGUUGAUGAAGAAGCCAAUAUCUGCCGAUUCUCACACUUUUCAGUCCAGGAAUAUCUGCAAGAUCACCAUUACAGUCCGAAAGAACCAAACAGGAUUGAAUAUGCACAAGCGGAGCUUGCUUCUAUGGCGAUCAGAUGCAUCCUUCAAACCAAUGAAGGACAAAUCUGCGGUGAAAUGCUUAAGCCCAUACCCGGAAUGAGAUAUGCAGCAGCGUAUUGGUACCGCCAUGCCCGAGUAGCUUUAAAUGCAGGCCCGCACCAGCAAUUGCAGGUUUUGAUCGAUCAACUUUUCAGCAGCUGCUACACCAGGGCGUACACAAAUUGGCUGGAUGUCUGGAAUCCUGACUCCUCAAUGCGAGUUCAAGGAACAAGGGAAUUCCCCAGGCCAUUGUACUAUGCGUCCUUACUUGGAUUUCAGGCCUCCGUGGAAAAAAAUGCUUGGAGAGGGUGCGGUUGUUCGUCAAGAAGGAAGGUUUGGGAAUGCAUUUGUGGCGUCAGCAAUUCGCUCUCACUCCAAUAUUGCAAAAUUACUAUUGGAUACGCAACCUAAAGUCGAUGCGGGCGAUUUUUACCGGAUCAUGCGAAAGAUCAAAGGUAAAGUGGACAGCACACUCGCCGUUCUACUGGAAUCAGGGGCUCUAUUUGACUCAAUAGUCGGCCCUGAAGAACACAAAAAAGUGAUAAACAAAAUGUAUAUCA